UGGAAGAUGGAUAGUUGCAAAACGCAAGACGCUCACCGUCGCCGGAAUCCGCAGCAAAAGAGAUCACAGACAAAGCUUCUUCAGUACCAGAAGAUGCUUCGAGCGGCUUUGAAGACGAAGAAAAAAAUGGCGGUCCAGUUUAUGGUCCAAAGCCGCCGAGGACUCGCAGUGCUGAGCUUUGGGGACGGAAGCCAUGGCGCUCUGGGACUCCCGACUUCUCUGAUGGGAAUCGGCGUCGACGCCUACGAGCCGACCAAAGUGCUUUCUCUUCCCUCCGAUAUCGACGCCGUAAGCGCUGGCCACUACCACUCGCUUGCCGUGACUUCGCAAGGCCAGCUUUGGGCGUGGGGCCGAGACCUCGAAGCUCAGCUUGGCCGUGGUCGUUCUUCUCCCAGAGAUUCAUGGAAUGAGCCCAAGAGAGUAAUAGGAUUGGAGCAAGUAAGAGUUAAAGCGGCAUUUGCUUCUGGCGUUGUUUCUGCGGCCAUUGGAGAUGAUGGAUCUCUAUGGACUUGGGGAAAGUCUAAGCGUGGCCAGCUUGGUCUUGGAAAGGAAGUCAUUGAGGCUGUUGUGCCUUCGAAAGUCGAAGCGCUUGCCAGAGAAAAGAUAGCUAAGGUGACGUUUGGUUGGGGACAUGCUCUUGCACAGACUGAGGAUGGGAAAUUGUUUGGAUGGGGUUAUUCAGCUGAUGGUAGGUUAGGAAGCAUUGCAGGGACUCUGGAGACAUCUCCACUGGAAUCAAGUGCAACUGAAAACAACAAACUGUCAAGUUCGACAUUAGAGGCUGCAGAGAAGCUGGUUUUGGAAGGAGUGGAGAAAGAGAAAAACAGGCCAAUAAUUUGGGAGCCUCGUUUAGUGAAAGAACUACACGGUGUUCAUGUUCUGGACAUUGCUUGUGGCCUUGACCAUUCACUGAUCCUUUGCGGUGAUGGAACUCUGUUAAGCUGCGGGAGCAAUGCAUAUGGGCAACUGGGCAGAGUAAAACAAGAUCUAGGAAUGUUUCCUGUUGACAUAAGCUUCCAUCUAACAUCUGUUGCCUCAGGUCUUGGCCAUUCUUUGGCAAUUUGCCGAGUUUCGCUAUCAGAUGAUUCAAAAGGUGACCCCACAAGCAUUGUUUCAUGGGGAUGGAAUCAAAGCUCUCAGCUCGGAAGGGUGGGACCGGAGAGCACUCUGAUGAAGGUCAAAGCAUUGGAAGGGGAAACUCCCGUUUCGGUGUCAGGAGGGCGUGUGCAUUCCAUUGCCCUGACAUCAAGUGGAGAAGUGUGGGUCUGGGGUUGUGGUAAGAAUGGAAGGCUUGGGUUAGGAAGCUCCAUUGAUGAAGCUGAACCGGUUUUGCUCUAUCCUCUAGAAGAUUAUGAAGUGUUACAAGUUGUAUCAGGUUUUGAUCAUAAUUUAGUGCUAGUAGCUGAAUAAU